UCACCUUGCAAUUGCAUGACAAUAAACCCUUCACACACCCCAAAUUCAAUCACCACUUCAUGAAAUCAUGACCCGAUUCACAACACAACUUCUUCAACUUCCGAUUCCCAACACUCGAUCCAUCAUUUCUAUUUAAAUGUUUCCAAUCACUUCAAUUUUACGUGUAAUCGCGACGAAAACUUCAUCCAUAUCAGAAAUCGCCUGACUGUGGGUUUAGGUUUAGGUUUAAGAAACGUUACGAACUUAUGGAUGCUGAGAAGAAGCAACUUGUGUUGGUGGUUGAAGGAACCGCCGCUUUAGGUCCUCAUUGGCGGAUUAUUGUCUCCGAUUAUCUCGAAAAAGUUAUUAGGAAGUUUUGUGGUAAUGAAGCUAAGGAAGUAGGUAGUUCAAUUGUUGAACUGGCUCUUGUUCAAUUCAAUGCUCAUGGAUCAUAUAGUUCGUGUUUGGUACAACGGAGCGGCUGGGCAAGAAAUGUCGACUAUUUCUUGGAGUGGCUAUCAUGUAUGCAGUUCGGUGGUGGUGGUUUCUGUGAUGCUGCAAUCGCUGAAGGACUUGCUGAAGUUCUAAUGAUGUGUCCACCUCCAAAUGGGACCGACACUCGGCCUACUGAUGUUGUUCAAAGACAUUGCAUUCUAGUUGCUGCAAGUAAUCCGUAUCCACUGCCUACACCAGUUUAUCGGCCACCAAAUAAGAGUGAUACGCAGUCAGAAAACCGUUUAUUUGAUGCUGAAACAAUUGCUAAAUCAUUUCCUCAGUCGUGUGUUUCUUUGUCAGUUAUAUGCCCAAAGCAGCUUCCAAAACUUAAAGCAAUCUACAAUGCGGGAAAAAGGAACCCUUCUGCAACUGUUCCUACUGUCGAUAUUGUUAAAACUCCGCAUUAUCUAAUUCUCAUCUCAGAAGAUUUCACGGAGGCUUGUGAUGCUUUAAGCCCAUCAGUCACAACAAAUUCACCAUCAAGUCAAAACCCUUCUAGUAUGAACAUUACUUCAGUUUCUCCAGUAAACAAGUCUCUGCUGGCUCAGCAACCAGUACCUUUGGCAACCGUAAAAGCUGAGCCUUGCACAGUUUCUCCGAUAACAUCCCCUCAAGCAAAAACCUAUUCACCGUCACCAACUUCUCAAGAACGGAUAUCAAGGAAUGAUCAUUUGCAAGAUAUGAAACCUGUUGUUAGUAAUAUACAACAGCCCUUACGUCCUGCUGGUCCCGUUAACGUGAGUAUUCUUAAUAAUCUCUCGCAAGCACGUCUGGCAAGCCCUACUGUCCUCGCUGGCGGGACGGCCACUGGGAUUUCAUCCAUUGGUGGACAAGCCAUUCAUAUGUCCAACAUGAUAGCUGGAUCUGUAUCAGCGCCAUUAUCAGGGACUGCACAGGUGGCACAACAUGUCGGAAGUAUGAUGGCUGCUCCUGGGAUGUCUCAGCAAGUACAAGGAAUGCAAUCUGUUGGAGUAGAUAACAACAUGGGAACUAAUGUUGGUGUCUCACAACUAACAUCAAGUGCACUGCAAGCAGGACGGCCAAAAUAUUUGAAAAUAUGGGAGGGAGAAUUGCGUGGUAGGCGACAAAACCAGAUUGUCAUGAUUACCAAAUUAGAAGCUUAUAGGAGUUCAUCAACUGCUGAGUCGCUUGCAGACGAUUGGCCAUCAACAUUGCUAAUAGAUAGGCUUGUAUCUCAAGACCACAUGAACAGCAAAACGGAGUACGUCGGGAAGUGUGAGUAUAUUGUUUUCCGAGCACUUAACCAACAUGGAUUUCUUGGACAAAUGCAAGAUAAGAAGCUUUGUACAGUUGUAAGAUUGCCAUCGCAGACACUACUGCUUUCUGUAACCGAUAAACCAUUUCGCUUGAUUGGAAUGCUUUUUCCAGGGGACAAGGUGGUGUUUAAACCACCUGUACCCAGUCAGCAACUAUCACAGCAGCAGCAGCAACAAAGGGUUGGGCCGAGAACGAGUCAGGGUGCGGGAGGCCCAACGCAAUUAGUGAGCGUGGGUCAGGGGCAAGUUUCUUCACCAGGUCCAAAACCAAAACAAGAGCUGCCUUGAACUAAAUUUAUACAGUUUCCAUUGUUCAUCUGUUCAGUUUUUGCUUCAUGUUUAUCAGUUUUUGUGUUGCUAUUUAUUUAUUACCUUUUCUUUCAAGGGAACUGAACAUAUGAACAAACACAUGUUUUUAAGGUGACCAAAACUUUUGAAUCUAUGAACCUUCAACUCCUU